CACACAUAUACAAACAUUUGAUCUGGGAAAAAUAUACUGAAGAGACAGACAGAUUCUUCCUUCAUUGAAUGCACCUCAAAAUAUUCUUCUAUUCCAGAAAUUACAGCCACCAGCUUUGAAAUUCCACAUCAGCAGGCUGGGUGAUUGCAUGGACUCACAAUGAGGCAUUACGUUUGGCUUCUCUUCCUUCAGGGUUUCCUCUGUAGAAAAAACCCAAUGAGCAUAAACCCCAAUUUCCUGAUUGCAAGGAAAGGAUCCUGUGUUUUCAUUCCAUGCCAGAUCGAUGAGGCACAUUAUUCUGAUAAAAUCAAGGCCACUACUGUGGUCUGGUAUUUUGAACCACACUGGGAUAACAUUUCGUAUGACUUUACUGGUCACCUGUUGUUUGACAGCUCUAAAAGCUCAGAGGACCACAUGGCCUUGACAAGUCCCAACUUUUGGGGCCGGGUAAGGUUUGUAGGGGAUUUAAGCAGGAGCGAUUGCAGUUUGAUGAUCACUCAGCUCCAGGCCAGUGACAGUGGCAAAUAUGGAGCACGAGUGGCUGCUUCGGUUGGAAACCAUACUUGGCGACAGAUGCUGUUUGACCAGGCUACGGUUGAUAUUCAGGAAUCACUUCCAGAACCCAGGAUAGAAGCCAUAAAUGUGGAAACCCAGGAACAGAGGAUAACAAACGUUAAAUGUUCGGUGCCUUACAAUUGUCCCAGUGAUUCAAGUACCUUGACUCUUAGGGGCUUAGAGAAGCAUCACUUGUUUCCACGAAAUUCAACCAUUGAAGGAGGAAUGCUACAGAUAAAUGUUAGUUUUGUACCAACUUGGGAAGAUGACCAGAAAAUCCUGACAUGUCUGCUGAGCAGCAAGGAUGGGACACAGAGAUCCAGCAGUACGCUGGAGCUGGAUGUGAAAUAUGUUCCCAAGGAUGUCCAAGUUGGCAUUUUAAAUGAUUUGCCCUUAAAAGAAGGAGAUAACAUCACACUGAACUGUUCUGUGGGCAGCAGUAUUCCCAAGGACAACUGGUACAACUGGGUGAAGUCAGAUCUCCACAGCAACGAAAUGACCUAUAGUGGCCCCAAGCUGUUGACCUUCCCUGCAACACCUGGACCAGGCGUCACAUACCGCUGUGAAGCAUGCAACGUUCUGGGCUGCUCUUCAUCUCCACCCAUCCCUGUGGAUGUUCACUUUGCCCCCAAGGAGGUCAAAAUCCAGCAAAAGCCAGCAGGGCCCAUUCAUGAAGGCAGUCAUGUUAAGCUGAGCUGCCAGGUGGGGCCAGCAAACCCCCAGAAGGUUAACUACACAUGGUACCACAAUGGAGACCCGCUGCGGCUGGACCAUGCAGAUGAAAUGCUGAUCAUCUCAGGAGCAGUUUUAGAGCAUUCUGGAAGCUACUGGUGUGAAGUCAGCAACGACUGGGGCUCAAAGCGCUCCCCAAAAAUCGUGCUGCAUGUUAUUUGCAUGCUGUGUAAUGAAAUCCCACUGAGCAUAAGCCCCAGUUCACUGUCUGCCUGGAAAGGAUCCUGUGUGUUGAUUCCAUGCCAAGUGGCUGGAAAGAGUGAUGCUGGGCCAGUCAAUGCCACGGCUGUGGCUUGGUAUUUUGAGCCUGUUUCGGAUUACAUUUGGCACGACCAUUUUGGCCGCCUUCUGUAUGACAGCUCCAAAACCGCAGAGGAACACGCACAACUUGCAAGCCCUUCUUUCCAGGGCCGGGUAAAGUUUGUCGGGGAUUUAAAUAGAGGAGACUGCAGCUUGAUGGUUACUCAGCUUCGGACAAGGGACAAUGGCACAUACGGGGCAAGAGUGGCUGCUUCAGUUGCAAAUCAUCCUUGGCAACUCAAAUGGUUUCUUGCUGCCACUGUUCAUAUUAGAGAGUCACCUCCAAAACCCAGGAUGGAUGUUAUUCCUGCAGUAAUCCAAGAAGGGAGGGCAACCCAGGUGAUCUGUUCAAUACCUUACGAUUGCACCAGUGAGUCCAUUACACUGACCAUCACUGACACGAAGGGGAAUCGUUUGUCUUUGGAAAAUGCCACCAUUGAAAACAGAAAGCUCCAGGCUGUGCUGAGCUUUGAAGCCACCAGAGAGGAUCAUCGGAAAAAGCUGAGAUGCUCCUUGAAGGGCAAAGAUUGGGCAAAGGUUACUCACAGUACCCUGGAACUGGACGUGAAAUUUGCUCCCAAGAAUGUCCGGGUUUCCUAUGUAAACAAUCAUCCUCCCAUAAAACAAGGGGAUGCUGUCAUGCUGCGUUGUGAAGUGGGUGAACAGAACCCAAGAAGCAUUUGGUACAACUGGCUCAGGUCCAGUUCCCAUACUGUUGAGAUGCUGCACAGUGGCUCCAAGGUACUGGCCUUCAGCGCGACAAAAGGACCCGUCUUUUCUUACACAUGUGAAGCCUGCAACGUCGUUGGCUGUGCGUCGUCUUCAGCAGUCACUGUGGAUGUCUACUUUGCCCCUGAGGAGGUACACAUUUGGCGCGAGCCAAAAGGACAGCUCCAUGAAGGCGAUAUUGUUAAGCUGAGGUGUGAAGCGGGAAAGGCAAAUCCCCAGAAUUUCAGCUACGCGUGGUACCAUGAUGGGCGGCAGCUGGCGCUGGACUCUGCAUCUGAAAUGCUGACCAUCGAUUUUGUGCUUUCAGGCCAUUCUGGUAGCUACUGGUGUGAAAUCAGCAACAGUGUGGGAACAUCACGCUCCCCAACAGCCACGCUGAAUGUUAUUUGUAAUGAAAGCCCAUUGAGCAUAAACCCCAGUUCCCUGACUGCCUGGAAAGGAUCCUGUGUGUUGAUUCCAUGCCAGAUCAGUGAAGUGUGUAAUCUGGGCAAGGUCAAUCGCCUUGCUGUAGCUUGGUAUUUUGAGCCUUUGGAGGAUAAUGUUCCACGCGAAAACAAUGGCCACCUGUUGUAUGACAGCUCCAAAACCUCUGAAGAUCUCAUUACCUCAACAAGUCCUGAUUUUAGGGGACUGGUCAGAUUUGUAGGCAAUUUAAGCAACAGAGACUGCAGCCUGAUAGUUAGUCAACUCCAGAUGAAUGAGAGUGGUUCCUAUACGGCAUACAUUGUUGAUUCCAAUGAUAACUGGAGACUGAAGUGGCAUCUUAAUGCCACAGUUAAAAUUGCAGGGUCACCUCCAAAGCCCAAGGUGGAAAUCAUUCCUGUGGAGACGCAAGAAGGGAAGGCAGCUAAGCUGAUUUGCUCGGUGCCUUAUGAUUGCCCUGAUGAGAUGGCAACUCUGACUAUCAUUGGCUUAGAGGAAAAUCGCCUGUCUUCACAAAACACAACCAUUGAAAACAGAAUGCUCCAGAAGAUAGUGAGUUUUGAACCAGCCUGGUAUGACCAUGGGAAAAUGCUGAGGUGCAUUUUGAGGAGCCAGGAUGGGUCGCAGGAAUCCCAGAGUACCAUGAAUCUGGAUGUGAAAUUUCCCCCUAUGGAAGUGAUCAUUGUGCCAGAGCCAAAGAAGCCGAUGGUGGGCCAGUCUUUUAAGAUGAGCUGUAAAGUGGAAAGAGCAAACCCCUACAACCUUACCUAUACAUGGUACAAGGAUGGACAACAGCUCAAGCUGGACUCAGCAGCUGCCUUUCUGAUCAUCCAGGAAAUGAAAUUAGAGGAUUCCGCUGCUUACCACUGUGAAGCCGACAACAGUGUUGGCAUGUCACGAUCCUCACAAUUUGAGCUGGAUUUUUAACAUCUAGCAGUGCUUCAAAGAACCGCAUCAGCCUCUGCAGCUGGCAAGCAUUCGAGGAACGCGCAGAGGAUGUGGCCUGAAGGAGAGCUAUGUGUGCCUGAUGGGAGAAGUCAGGAGAAGCAGUGAAGGAGGAUCAGGGUGCGCACUCCUGCCGCACCCAUUUGGCUUUGUCUGCCACAUUGGCCCUUCUCGUUUCAAGCGUUGCCUUGAAUCCAUAUCCUUA